GCAGAUCGCUGCUGCACUGGCCGGCGAGGAGGAGGGGAGAACAGGGGGUCGGGGGACUCUCCGACGAGACUCGCUGGACAAAAUCUAAUAACUCCAAGCAAACCCGGGGCUUGAAUUAGGCACGUGUAAACGGACAGGACUUUAUUCAUCUGCUGCGUUAAAAGCUUCAUUCUCUCUUGCUGCGGGCCCGAAGGCCUGAGGAUUUGAGUGAUUAUUGGAUCCAGAGUUUCAGCCAACACAGAGAUCUGCACUAUACAUGACGGACAAAUGCUUGGAAGUCUGUUCUUCAGGGGCUAUUUCAUCUGUUCCCGAUUUGAAACUCCAAACCGGCUUAAUUUUGGACACAUUCGGACAUUCAAAUCAGAAUCAGAGGGAUGGUUUAUCUCAGUUAGCUCGGCGGCUAAUAACACGCUUAUUCACAAUGAAUCAAUAUUAGCCGUUAGCAGUUAGCAUGUGCGACUAAUUUAAAAGAAUACCUCUGUAUUAAAUGAUCUCAGACUGAUAUUAUCUAGUGAUAUGCUGUCAGUCACGUGUCAUAUAUCCGGUUGUAUUGAUUGCUCGGGUGCUCAAUCUUUAGGUCUUCUGUUGCACUGUCCCGUUAUAUGACUGGCACAGGUAGUAUAAUAUCUCUUGAGUCUGAAACAGCAAGACAGCACAGCAGUAAAUGCUGAUUCUGUGUGUUUAUUGCAGCCCUUCAUGCCCCUUCAUUUAGCUUGAGUUCAUUCAUUGGAUCCACUGAUUCUCAUUUGAUGACAGAAGCAGCUUAGACUAACCACCUGAGCAGGUAGAGCAUUUACUGUGUAUCAUCAUGGGAAAUACAGCAUCCUGCUGCGUGUCUCCCAAUGGGAGCCCCAAACUACCCCGUCAGGUGGACCGUCUGGAGGACUGUCAGAUCAACACAGACCUGAGCGAUGACACCGGUCCAUACUUGCAGCACAUCAGUGACCGAGAGGUCCCCGAUGAUUUGGCUUUAGAGUCGAACCCAUCAGAUCAUGCCCGUGCCAGCACAAUCUUCCUUAGCAAGUCACAGACAGAUGUACGGGACAGGAGGAAAAGCAAUCACAUAAACCACGUCUCACCUGGUCUGCUUUCAAAGAAGUACAGCUCCUGCUCUACGAUAUUCAUUGAUGACAGUACAGUCAGUCAGCCCAACCUGAAAAGCACAAUCAAAUGUGUCACAUUAGCAAUAUAUUAUCACAUUAAAAACAGGGACUCCGAUAGGUCAUUGGACAUCUUUGAUGAAAAAAUGCACCCCCUAUCUAGGGAGCAGGUUCCUGAUGAUUACUCCCGCACAGACCCCGAACACAAACUCAUCUAUCGAUUCGUCCGGACACUGUUCAGCGCUGCACAGCUCACAGCCGAGUGUGCAAUCGUCACUCUGGUAUAUUUGGAGAGGCUGUUGACGUAUGCCGAGCUGGACAUUUGCCCAUCUAACUGGAAGAGGGUUGUUCUGGGAGCCAUCCUACUGGCCUCAAAAGUCUGGGACGAUCAGGCUGUGUGGAACGUCGACUACUGUCAGAUCCUCAAAGACAUCACUGUUGAGGACAUGAAUGAGAUGGAAAGGCACUUUCUGGAGCUGCUACAGUUUAACAUCAAUGUGCCGGCCAGUGUCUACGCCAAGUAUUACUUUGACCUGCGCUCUUUAGCAGAUGACAACAACCUGAGCUUUCCUUUGGAGCCAUUGAGCAACGAACGAGCGCAGAAAUUAGAGGCUAUCUCAAGACUAUGUGAGGAUAAGUACAAGGAUCUGAGCAGAGUUGCCAUGAGGAGAUCUUUCAGCGCAGACAACCUAGUGGGCAUCCGCAGAUCCCAUGCCGUUCUUUCUUAGAGAUUUUUUCUAGGAACCGUGGCCACUCCCAGAUGAAGCUCAAUGGAAAAUACAUUUUCUUUUCCUCCGCCUUUGGCGACGUUCCGCCGGUUGAAAGAUCCUACAACUUACCCAACCAAUGCAGAACAACAUAGAGACAAAAACAGACUAAAUGGUUUCUUUUGUUUUUUUUUCUUGCUUACUAUGUAGGCUUCUAGCUGUGAACUGUCAGUUUUUAAUUGAAAUCAUUUGCAGAUGGAGUAUUUUAAAUAAACGCUAAUCAUGUAA